AUAUCACCAUCCAACGGCAUCCAGCUUCCGAUAGAUUAAACCAAUCACAGCCGUUGGAUCAAUUUUACAUUUCCCUCUUCUUACUCUUUCAUAAAUAAAUCCACCUUCUACACUCUCACCCGUCUCACUUCCUCUCACACUCCGAUCGACGAUUGUCCCAAUCUCGCCGGGAUUCUCUGCACCGUGAGAUAAAUAGAAGAUGAGAGAAAUCCUUCACAUUCAAGGUGGUCAAUGUGGAAACCAGAUUGGUUCCAAGUUCUGGGAAGUUGUAUGUGAUGAGCAUGGGAUUGAUCCAACUGGUCGUUACGUUGGAAACUCUGAUCUGCAGUUGGAGCGUGUCAAUGUUUACUAUAACGAGGCAUCAUGCGGGAGAUAUGUUCCCCGUGCCAUUCUUAUGGAUCUUGAGCCUGGUACUAUGGACAGUGUCAGAACUGGACCUUAUGGUCAAAUCUUCAGACCUGACAACUUUGUUUUCGGGCAAUCUGGUGCUGGAAACAACUGGGCUAAAGGGCAUUAUACUGAAGGAGCUGAGCUUAUUGAUGCUGUACUCGAUGUUGUACGCAAGGAGGCUGAGAAUUGUGACUGUCUUCAGGGUUUCCAAGUAUGCCACUCGCUUGGUGGAGGCACUGGGUCUGGAAUGGGAACUCUGCUCAUAUCCAAGAUCAGGGAAGAGUAUCCUGAUCGAAUGAUGCUGACAUUUUCUGUCUUCCCAUCACCAAAGGUCUCGGACACUGUGGUUGAGCCAUACAAUGCGACACUUUCAGUUCAUCAGCUGGUGGAGAAUGCUGAUGAGUGUAUGGUUUUGGACAAUGAAGCCCUUUACGACAUCUGUUUUAGAACACUUAAGCUUACCACUCCUAGCUUUGGUGAUCUGAAUCAUCUGAUCUCUGCAACCAUGAGUGGAGUUACAUGCUGUCUUAGGUUCCCGGGUCAGCUCAACUCUGAUCUGAGGAAGCUCGCAGUGAACCUUAUCCCUUUCCCUCGUCUCCACUUUUUCAUGGUUGGUUUUGCCCCGCUCACUUCACGUGGGUCUCAGCAGUACCGUGCACUCACCGUCCCUGAGCUCACCCAACAGAUGUGGGAUUCAAAGAACAUGAUGUGUGCAGCAGACCCACGCCACGGGCGGUACCUAACAGCCUCGGCCAUGUUCCGUGGCAAGAUGAGCACAAAAGAAGUGGAUGAGCAGAUGAUCAACGUACAGAACAAAAACUCUUCCUACUUUGUGGAAUGGAUUCCAAACAACGUGAAGUCAAGCGUGUGUGACAUAGCGCCUCGAGGUCUCUCAAUGGCAUCGACAUUUAUUGGGAAUUCCACAUCGAUCCAAGAGAUGUUUAGACGGGUGAGCGAACAGUUCACAGCUAUGUUCAGGAGGAAAGCUUUCUUGCAUUGGUACACAGGUGAAGGAAUGGACGAGAUGGAGUUCACUGAAGCUGAGAGCAACAUGAACGAUCUCGUCUCAGAGUACCAGCAAUACCAAGACGCAACUGCAGAUGACGAAGGUGAGUAUGAAGAAGACGAGGAUGAAGAAGAGAUAUUGGAUCAUGAAUCCUGUCCUCAGCCAUUACUACACAAAAUGCACCCGUUAUCGGUUCUCCAGUUGGAUAGCCUGAGACACCAGGCGAUGAACAUUGUCUCGGCGAAGAGCCACCUCGAUGUUGACUCCCACAUGUGGAGCAUGAGGAGGAGUAAAGCUAACUUCUUCGUGGUCUCCUCAUUGCUGUUGGAAAAUGCGAAAGAGUGUACAGACAUUCCUACGAAGCUCUCAUCGCAUACUUUGCGUUUCGAGCUUCUGCAAUCACAGAACGAAACUUUGAAUACAGAGUUGUCCUCUCAUUACCAUUUAACUCCAACUGAUGACGCCGCUUGGUCUACUUUGUUGCCAAGGAAGAUGUUGAAAGAAGAGACGGAUGAUUUUGCUUGGACUAUGUUGUAUAGGAAAUUCAAGGACUCUAAUUCCCCUGGUAACUUUCUCAAGGAUGUCUCUUUGCACGACGUUAGGCUGGACCCGAGCUCCAUUCAUUGGAGGGCUCAGCAGACAAACCUUGAGUAUCUAUUGAUGUUGGAUGUUGAUGGUUUGGCCUAUAGCUUCCGUAAAGUAGCUGGUCUUGCUGCUCCUGGAGUUCCCUAUGGAGGAUGGGAGAAACCAGAUAGUGAACUCCGUGGCCAUUUUGUCGGUCACUAUUUGAGUGCAACAGCUCAUAUGUGGGCAAGUACUCAUAAUGAUACUCUCAAGGCAAAAAUGUCAGCUCUUGUCUCAGCUUUAGCGGAAUGCCAGCAAAAAUCUGGCACUGGAUAUCUCUCUGCUUUUCCUUCCAGUUUUUUCGACCGGUUUGAAGCUAUAACACGUGUUUGGGCUCCUUACUACACCAUUCACAAGAUUUUGGCUGGCCUGGUGGAUCAAUACAAGUUGGCUGGGAAUAUUCAAGCUUUAAAGAUGGCAACAGGGAUGGCUGAUUACUUUUAUGGCCGUGUUCGUAAUGUGAUAAGGCUGUACAGUGUUGAACGACAUUAUCUAUCACUAAACGAAGAGACUGGUGGCAUGAAUGAUGUUCUUUAUCAGAUAUACAGCAUCACUAGAGAUUCCAAGUAUUUGUUUCUCGCACAUCUCUUUGACAAGCCUUGCUUUCUUGGGGUCCUCGCAGUUCAGGCCGAUGAUAUUAGUGGAUUCCACGCUAAUACACAUAUUCCUAUCGUCGUUGGAUCCCAACAACGAUAUGAAAUCACUGGUGAUCUACUCCAUAAGGAAAUUUCAAUGUUCUUUAUGGACAUAGUUAAUGCUUCUCACAGCUAUGCAACUGGAGGAACAUCAGUCAAAGAGUUCUGGCAAGAUCCAAAGAGAAUGGCGACUACACUGCAAACUGAAAACGAGGAAUCAUGUACUACUUAUAACAUGCUCAAGGUCUCUAGGAAUCUGUUCAGAUGGACAAAAGAGGUUAGCUAUGCAGAUUAUUACGAGCGCGCUUUGACCAACGGUGUGCUCGGAAUUCAAAGAGGAACCCAACCUGGACGGAUGAUCUACAUGCUCCCAUUAGGUCAAGGUGUUUCUAAGGCUGUGACUUAUCACGGUUGGGGAACACCUUAUGAUUCCUUCUGGUGUUGCUAUGGCACUGGAAUUGAAUCCUUCUCAAAACUGGGAGAUUCCAUUUAUUUUCAAGAAGAUGGUGCAUCUCCAGCUCUUUAUGUCACCCAAUAUAUAUCAAGCUCACUUGAUUGGAAAUCUGCUGGUCUUUUGCUAUCUCAGAAAGUUAAUCCUGUUGUGUCGUGGGAUCCGUACAUGCGUGUGACAUUCACUCUUUCUUCUUCCAAAGUGGGAGUGGCGAAGAAGUCGACUUUGAAUCUCAGAAUUCCUGUUUGGACUAACUCUAUAGGUGCCAAAGUAUCUUUGAAUGGGAAACCCUUAAAAGUACCAACUUCAGGUAAUUUCCUAUCAAUCAAACAGAACUGGAAAUCUGGCGAUCAAGUAACGAUGGAGCUACCAAUGAGUAUCAGAACUGAAGCUAUAAAAGAUGAUCGUCCGGAGUACGCAUCUCUUCAAGCCAUACUCUAUGGCCCCUACUUGUUAGUCGGACACACGAGCAGGGACUGGAGCAUAACAACUCAGGCUAAAGCUGGAAACUGGAUAACCCCUAUACCUGAAACUUAUAACAGUCACCUUGUCACACUCUCACAACAAUAUGGAAACAUAUCUUACGUGUUGUCAAAUACCAACCAAACCAUCACAAUGAGGGUAUCACCCGAGCCAGGGACACAAGAUGCCGUUGCGGCGACUUUCAGGCUCGUGACUGAUAAUUCUAAACCAAGGAUUUCGGGUCCAGAGGCACUAAUUGGAAGCCUGGUCAUGCUUGAGCCGUUUGAUUUCCCUGGCAUGAUUGUAAAACAAGCAACUGAUAGCUCCCUCACGGUUCAAGCUUCUUCUCCUAGUGAUAAAGGUGCUUCUAGCUUUCGGUUAGUAUCUGGAGUUGAUGGGAAGCCAGGAAGCGUGUCGUUAACACUAGAGAGCAAAAAGGGUUGUUUUGUGUACAACGAUCAAACACUAAAGCAGGGGACGAAACUAAGGCUUGAAUGUGGUUCGGCUGCGACUGAUGAGAAGUUUAAACAGGCAGCAAGCUUUAAGUUAAACGCAGGAAUAAAUCAAUACAAUCCAAUGAGUUUUGUGAUGAGCGGAACACAGAGGAACUUUGUGUUAUCGCCAUUGUUUAGCAUAAGAGAUGAAACAUAUAAUGUAGAGAAUCGGAGGAGAAAGGAAGCCAUGGACGACCAAGAGUUUCGUAGUCUCCUCGAUCUCUUCCCCGUCGUACGCUCUCGCGACCACCGUGCUGAUUUAGAUUCUUCAAAGCAAUCAACUUCACAGUCAGUUGUCGACCGAGAGGUAAGUGAAUGGCACGAUGCACCGACUGUCGCUGAGCCGAAAGACUUGCAAUAUCGAAAUACUGAUCAAGAUAAAUUUUGGGAAAAGCUGAAAGCGGCUGCUGAGAAGAAGGUUGGUGAGGUUGAAGCAGAGAGGUUCUGCAAGGCUUUCGAGAAACUCCACAAGAAACUUGUGUAUGAAGAAUUGGAUCCAGAAGCUGCAAAGCGAUAUUUAUUAAACUCUUAAAUUUGUGUCUUCUAUACAAUGUGCUUCCAAAAGUUUGUUCAUGUGGAGACACUUCAAGUCUUCUUUAUCGUAAUUAUGAAUUUAUGAGUGGGCAAAAAUUAUCUUCUCGUGUUCGUCUAGUUAUGAUUUCAAGUCUAAAGUCUUUCUCAAAUUCUCCAUAUUUAAUCGAAAUUGUAACUGAUUUUGUUAUCUAUAAAUGUUAAUUUCUUUU